CAGAAAAAAAAAUUGAACCUGACAUCGGUAGCAAUAUUUAUGGUACUGCUGCUAAUUCUAGGUAUGCUUGGCAAUUUGAAUUUGAUUUAUGCAACAUGGAAAUUCAAAGAAUUGCGGAAUCGGAAUAGUUUACUGGUGGCAAUUAUCGCAAUUUUCGACUCUAUAAGCGAAGUACAUGAAUGGAAGAAAGCGAUUGAAAUAUUCCUUAACAAAUCGAUCAUGAAACGAGUGAAUUGUUAUCAGUCAAUCUUCUUGUAUUGUUACUCAUUCAAUAUGUCAACUGUUACAAUACUUUUCCUCGCUAUCGAU